AUGGGAGGAUUUCAAACAAAAUUCGCAACACCGAUGGGAGAAAUCAGUGCCUACGAAAUAACAUCGAGCGCAGCGAAUAAUGGUUCGUUGGUUUCAAAUUCAAAUGAAACAACGGAGCAAGCGUACUGUGAACCGAUUGAGGUCCUCACCAGACAAAAGUGUGAUGAGAGCGUCUACGUCUUGAAUGGCAAAGAUGGAGAUCAACCGGCAUGGCAUAUCAUUCUAAUCUCGUAUGAAAAAUAUAUAAAUUUAGAUUCGAGAAACAUAGGCCCAUACAUACGAGUUGAAGAUCUUGGACGGAAUAUUCAGUAUCGUAACAAAGCAGGUGAAAUUUGUCAGGCUAGCGGGUACGGGCUACAUCCUCCGGAGAAACUAAUGAAAUGGAUCAAUGAAAACUAUGAUCCUUAUGCUAUUAACGAGGAUAAUACACUUGUGUACACCGCGGAUGAUAUUCGUUUAUGUACAAUCAAUAAAACUGCAGCUGCUGAAUUUUUACAUAAGGCUCUACACUAUCAUCGUCAUGAAGAGUUUCAUUACAUUCGAUUGCAUGAUCAUCAACGAUCAACAGUAGCUGUGCAUGCGGGUUUGAAGCCAUUCGACCGGGUUAUUGAAUACAAUGGAGUCAAUGUUGAAGAUGAUUCUGUGCAAAGUCUAAGACAAAAAAUCAAUAGUACCAAUAAACCAUGGAUUCAACUGCUUCUUUGCAGUCCAGCCACAUACGUUCACUAUAAAACGAAUCAUAAACAUCUCCAUAGUAAUCUUGAUACAGUUCAACUUUAUAAACCAGUGCGAAACACAGCGGAACACUAUGGUCCUACUUGUGGCACGAAAGAUUUCUAUGCAGUAUGUUGCGAAGAUGACCAUAGCAUUGUUGUCGAGCCAUUGAGUUCAACUCAUGAGGCAUCAUCGUCUCUUCAGGUAUACGACGAAGUCGGUACUAUAAAUUGCAAAGGAGAGGAUACAAGUGGACAAGUCAUUUUCAUUGGUACCCAAAGCGAAUGCGAACUAUUCCGAUCAGAUGCUGCCUUGGGAUCAGCUACCGUCGUAUACGUUGAAGACAUUGGUAAUUUUGAAGAAACCGACACUACGUUAUUCGUUACUGCUCAUGAACAUAUGGCUCAACGACCGUUUGUUAUGCAGAAUAACCAAAGAGAAACGAACAACUUGCGCGUACAAUGCACGCAACAAAAGCUGAUUCAACAAUACGAUGUUCUGGCUGUGAUUCACCACGUAUUAUGUUUCGAUCAACGACGACAGACUCGUGAUCAUCUCACUGGUCACAUCAUGGUGCAUUUCUCUAGUCCUGAAGAAGUAUUUGGACAGCCAGUAGCUGGUUUGAAUAACGCAAUAAAUUUGACUGCAUUGACAGAAAAAUACCAGUUAGAAGAACAGUCUGAUAUCGAAUGCAACGUUUGUAAGAUGAAUCCGCUCCGUGGACUACGUUUCAAAUGUGAUACAUGUUACGAUUAUAAUCUUUGUGUAAAUUGCGUGAAAAAGCGUGCACAUGACCGAUCACAUCCAUUAUUAGCAAUGGGUAAAAGUCGUUUUCUAGAAAUUCCCGUGGACGAUAUUGAACUCGGUGAUGAGGUUGGUCGUGGUGGUUUUGGAACUGUGUACAUAGCAAAAUGGUUAUCGAGAAAUCGUCAAGUCGCUUGUAAAGUGAUUCGUGUCCCACCAGACAAUAUGCAUCUGGAAAAAAGUUUUCGAAAAGAAUUGGCUGCUUACGCCGAACUAUCUGGUCCGUACGUUCUAAAACUAUACGGAUAUAAUAUCCAAGCGCUAUCAGAUGGUACUCAAAAGUGCAUGCUUAUCAUGGAAUAUAUGUCACGUGGUAAUUUAGCUAGUGUUCUCAAACAAACAGAAAAGAUCUCUUUGCGCCGUAAACUUGAAAUGGCUUGUCAAAUUGCUGGUGGUAUGCGAAAAUUACACGAACAUCACAUGAUUCAUCGUGAUAUUCGACCAGAGAAUAUUCUUAUCGGACAAGAUUACAUAGCAAAACUUGGCGACAUGGGUCUUGCACGUGUUUGGUUACCAGAUGAAGCGUUAACGUUGAUUGGUUGCGUACCUUACAUGCCACUCGAUUUCUACACUGCCAAAUACGAUCAAUCUUUAGAUGUUUACACAUUUGGUUUAACUCUACAUCAUCUCUUUACGGAAACGAGACAUCAAUUUGACAUGUUGACGCGCCGCGUUAAACUAAACAAUGUUAGUCCAGUCUUUUCCGAUCUGAUCGCUCGAUGUAUUCAUCCUACAGCAAGUAACCGACCAUCGGCAAAUGAAAUCGAGAUAACCUUACGCAUGCAUAAACAUACUAUCGAAAGAUACAUUCAUGAAAGUGGUAUCAACUACGGCAGAAUGUCACUAGAAGAAAAGAACAAUACGUUUAUUAGUACCUACGAUACAUUCUCUCCUGUUCUUGACAAAGUCCUUCGUGAUGAAUUUUCAAUGACUACAUCGUGA